AAAUGUCAAAAUACUGUGAUGGAUCUGUGAAUUGUUUGUUUGUAAGAAAAACUCGUUAGAAAGUAUUUCCCAGCCACUAAAAACCAGGAUUAUAUGCAAAUAUCAUUAAAAAGUGAUAUCUUUAUAAAUCCAUAUCAAAAGAUUUUCAUGCCUCUGUGGCAUUAUUCAUCUAAGUGGUUAGCCUUGAAGUAGAUGUCACCUAUUAACUUAUAUGAGUGUUGUUUAUUCUACAUUUUAGCUAUAUUAGUCGCAAUUUUAAGAUUAUAUGGCUUUGAUAUUUGACUUAUGUCUUACGGCGAUCCGGAAGAGGCAUGUUUUAUCUAAGUGUGCGGGAGAAAGGUGCUGGUUUAGUUGUGAUCAGCUGGAUUUGCCUGGCUGUGCUGUGCGCCGCAUCUACGGCGCCUUGUGACAAGACUCGCAGGGUAUUCACGGAUCAGAGUGGCAUUAUCACCGAUGGACCAACUAACUCUAACUACACACAAGACUCCCAUUGCGAGUGGCUCAUCAAGGCAGCUAAUAAGAGCCAGUACAUUACGUUAAGUUUCAUUCGUAUGGGUACAGAAUGUUCCUAUGAUUAUGUGUUUGUUUAUGAUGGAGACUCAUUUGAUGCACCAUUGCUUGGAAGUUUCAGUGGAAAAACUGAACCCCAAAAUGUUACCGCUUCUAGUGGAUUUAUGUUAAUAUUGCUAUACAGUGAUACUAAUUAUGUGUUGGAUGGUUUCCGAGCAACAUAUGCCAUACACAACUGUCCCAACAACUGCACAGGCCGGGGACUGUGUGUUUCCAACAAGUGUUUCUGUGUGGGUAACUGGGGCGGGCCAGACUGCAGUGUUGAACUUUGCCCAAAUGGAUGCUCCAACAAUGGCCAUUGUAAAGGAGAUAGAUGCGCAUGCAAGAAAGGGUAUUCUGGUGAAUCAUGUUCUCUCAAGAAGAAUGACAAGGAAGGCAAUAGUUGGCACUGGUUGUCACAUACGGAAAGUGGGAUGACUAAAAGGGCAGCUCAUACAGCGGUCUAUGUUAACCAUACAGAUUCCCUAUAUGUUUUUGGAGGUUAUGAUCUGAACAAAGUGCUUGGUUUAUUGGAGGUUUACAGGUUCUCAACUAGUCAGUGGUAUGAUGAAAAUGGGAAAGUAUUACGCAGAUAUCCUACAAAUGAGGAGAUUGAUAAAUCUUUGUUGACUUUAUUUACUAAGGGUAAUGUUGAUGGCAGCUGGCAAAUAGGCAACAGGAGUUCCUUAUUCAAUUUACUUUUAUCGUCAUUCUCCAACCAUGAUAAGACGACGUUACCUCUCAUGUACUCUCAUGCACCAACACCAUACUCUGAGAGCUACCUACAUUUUACUGAACAGCCAGAGGUUGUAAGCAAUGUCAUGAAGGAUAACACUACCAAACCUGAACCAAGGUAUGGCCACUCUGCCUGUGCAUUUGGUUCUGGUUUCGUGUUAUACGGAGGUAAGCUCUCUGAUGGGAGCUUGUCCUCUGAACUAUGGAUGUAUGACGUCACGUUAAAUCUUUGGACUCUACGCGCUGUUAACGCUACCUUCACUCCACCGGGGUUGACCCGCCACACACUAACCGCUGUCAAAGAUGAACUGUACCUAUUUGGUGGUAGUACAAUGGAUGGAGAGUUUUCCUCAAGUAUGUACAAAAUAAAACUUGAUGACGCAAAUACGGAGACUUGGGAAAGAAUACAAGUGAGAGGUGGGAAGGAAUUGGAUGUGCGGGUGGUCGCCCAUACUGCCGUGUACCAUACGCAUUCUAAUUCAAUAUUGGUGUACGGAGGCGUGGUAGCUAGUGUAGCACGGUUUUCGAAGCUGUCAGAUAGGAUGUUCGCUUUCGACAUAGAUUAUAAACACUGGAGUGAGAUACACUAUCCUCGCGCUCAUUUGCGAGAUACUUAUGUGCCACGAGAGAGGGCGUUUCAUACGUCAACUAUUAUUGGAAACUAUCUUGUGGUAUUUGGUGGGUAUUCUCACCGUCACAAUAGAGAAGAAAUCUGUUACGAUGGACAAAUGUACAUUUACCACUUGGGUUGUCAUUCUUGGAUCCCGCUGGACGUGUUGGGUAAAGUGCGUCGGUUCUAUCCGAAGAAGCAAGGCGUGUUUGCUCACGCGGCCGCCUUGAGGCCACCGUCUACUUUGUUAAUUGCUGGAGGUUACCAUGGAAACGUUAAUGGUGAUUUAUUAGCGUACGUGGUACCGAGUUGGCAAGCUGGCAUUACCAAUAGCGAUCCAGAGUCGGCCUGUCGACGUCAUCGAUCUCAACCAGAGUGUUUAGCGGAUCCCGAGUGCGGUUGGUGCUCGGCUGAUGAUACUUGCUACGGUAGAAGAAUAGGAGCUAACUGCACAACCAAUCUGCAGUCUAUCCGGUGCGGCGGUAUAUGUCCCGCGUUGGGUGACUGUCACUCGUGCCUCAUACACGGGCCUCCCCCCGGGAGCAACACUAGUCGCACGCCAUUACCUUCCGUCAGCACUAAACUUGGCCUCGAUCAGUGUAACUGGUGUGUGCAGAAUGCUCGGUGUCAUCACAAAGAUGAUAAUUACGGCGUUUGCGGAGAAGAUACACCAUCAGAAAACCCAGGCUGGUGGGGCGCCACUGGCACUGAAGUAACAACGCCGGACGAAUGUAAAAUACUAGAUAAGCGACCUGGUCUCACGUUUCUCAGAUACCAACAACCAGCUGACUGGAACCACCCUGACGGUGUAUCUGUUGUUAAUGCAACCAUUGUGGACUGGAGCACUGGCGGAGGCAGCAACCAGAUAUUUAGUGGAUCCAGUGAGGCUCGACUCAGGGGCUGGCUACAUAUACCUCAGUAUUGGAACGGAACUGGCGAAAGUUUGCACAUUUGCGCAGGCUACUCCAAUAUAUCUCUAGCACUGGGUGACGCCACAGACCCAGUCGCCAAUUUGACAGCACAGCCAUCAGCCUGCUCCCUAGUAGACUGGCCCGCGCUGUUCCCAGGCCGCCUCGCUGUCGACAUGCACGCCAAUGAUUCCUUACACACUGGUCUAUAUCCUUCACACCAUCGCGCUAAAAUGGAAUUACUUCAUAAUAAAUCUCAGGAAAGUGCAAAGGUGUUCACAUUUGAGUUUCUGGAGCCAUACUCGGACGGCGCGUGCAACUACGACAACUGCCUGCUGUGCCUGUCGGACGCGGCGUGCGGGUGGUGCGAGCUGAGCGGGCGCUGCGAGGCGCGCGCCGCGGACGAGCGCGAGGCGUGCGCCGCGGGCGGACAGUGGCGCUACCUCACGCUGCAGCCCGCCGCCUGCCCCAACUGCUCCAACUACAUCAGCUGCGAGCGCUGCGUCGCCGGCAACCACUGCGAGUGGUGGGCCGACGAGGCGCGCUGCGCCCGGCGGGGCCGCGCCGCGGGCGCCAUCUGGUCGCGCGCCGCCUGCCCCGCGCCCUGCCGUCUGCGCGCCGACUGCGAGCACUGCCUGGACGAGCGCGGCCGCUGCGUGUGGUGCGAGGCCACGCGCCAGUGCUUCAGCUUCAGCGUGUACACCAGCGAGUACCAGUUCGGGCUGUGCCGCGAGUGGCUGGACCGCGCCUCGUCCCCGCCGGACGACGCGGCGCGCAAGGCCGGCCAGUGCAAGUCGUGCCGGCGCCACGCGCAGUGCUCGGCCUGCCUGCGCAGCAUGGGCUGCGGCUGGUGCUACUCGCACGACAACCCCAUCAACGGCGCCUGCACCGAGGGCGACUUCACGCGCUCCCACGCCGACUGCGCCGCCGUGCUCAACGUCACCGCCAGCGACGCGGGCUGGGCCUACGCGCAGUGCCCCGACGUGGACGAGUGCGGGCUGGGCCUGCACGACUGCCACGAGCACGCCAUCUGUAACAACACCCACGGCUCCUACACCUGUAAAUGUAAGCAGGGCUACAUCGGAGACGGCAAGAAGAGCUGUAUGCGAACAUGUUACAAUAACUGUAUUCACGGUUACUGUCUCGGAUCUCCUCAGUACAAGUGUAACUGUGAUUUGGGCUGGACCGGAGCAGACUGUUCGAUAAAUUGUGGCUGUCAUAAUCACUCGACAUGUAGGCUGGGAGUGGGACGCUGCGACGAAUGUCAGGACUGGACAGAGGGAGAGUUCUGCGAAUCUUGUAAACCUGGAAGUCACGGUAAUGCUACCACGGGGCAAGGGUGUCGCAGGUGUGACUGUAAUGACCAUGGUGAUGAGACACGCGGCGUAUGUGACGUUACUACGGGAGAAUGUAUUUGCAAGGAUAACACUGAAGGCUUGAACUGUGAACGUUGUAAGCCUAAAUUUUAUGGCGAUCCUAGACACGGCGGUAAAUGUUACUACCAAUGUGAACCCAGAGGAAUGUUAAAUGCAACACAAACUGAAGGAAUUGGCUCGUACAAGACAGAUCCUGAUAUAAAAACAAUUGGACCUUCAAAGGAGUGCUUAUGGAUAAUAUCUGCUGACGAUAUCAAGGAUGCAAUCAUCCAGUUCACAAUAAAUUCCUCUACUUUCGAUGUUCCCUGCGAUGAGAAUGCUGUAUAUGUUUAUGAUGGCCUGGGCGGCGUACCUGAUUUGAGUAAUAAUCAACAAAGUCAGUUGCUGGGAGUAUUCUGUAACGGCGCUUCCUCAGGAGUCAUAGAGGCUCGCAGUGGCAACUUGACGGUCCACUACAAACAAGGGCAGCCGGAGCAAGGCUUCGAAGCUAGUUACAAGGUGCUGGCGUGCGACGGGUACUGCACGUGGCCGAGGGUGUGCAACAAGAGGCACUGCGUGUGUCGCGACGGUUACGGCGGACCCAACUGCGAGUUCGAGAUCUGCCGCAACAACUGUAGCAUGGCCCUCAAUGCCGGCCUCUGUGACCCCAGCUACGGGAGGUGUCUGUGUAACGAAGGCUUUGGAGGUGAUGACUGCUCCAUUAGAUUAGAUAAAACACAGCUCGUGUUCACUGAGCUAUUCAACUCCGAAUAUUUGUCAGAAGGUUUAGAUCACUUAAGGAAAACUCUCCCUAGAUUCGGUCAUAGCUUAGUUGCCGACAGACGCGGUCUUUGGAUGUUUGGCGGUUACUCUUUGUCCCACGGUCCAUUAAACGACAUUCGAUUUUUUGACACUAAAAACAACACCUGGAUGCAGGUUACUGUGGAAGCUACUCCAGACGCUAAAAUGCCAGAAGGGCGAUAUUUCCAUGCAGCUGAGAUCUACCACUCGAAACAAAACAUUUAUAUUUAUGGAGGUUUAAGUUUACAAGAGAAGAGCGGACAGAAUAAGACACUUGGGGACUUUUGGCAGUUUAGCUUGAAAGACCAGAGGUGGAGCAACAUUCUGAAUAAGGAUAAAGAUAAGGAUGGUCAGCCACCUCCACUCGCCGGACACACGCUGACUCUACAGAAAUAUUUGGAUUACGAAAGCUUGGUUUUGAUUGGCGGAUUUUCUCUAGAAGGAGGUUUUAUGUUCGACGUUUGGGAAUUCGACCUGGACAAUGAGAAAUGGAUUAAAUUGAAGGAUGGAGGUGCGAAACCUUCGGGCAUAAUUGGCCAUAGCACUGUUUACCACGCACCAUCUCAAAGUUUAUACGUGUAUGGUGGAAUCUUGUACUCAUACAAUGGUACCAUGCUAUCUAACAAGCUGUUUUCGUUCCACUAUCCAACAAAGAAGUGGAGUGAACUACCAACGUUCCCGAUAUUGAACAACUAUUACGACAACUUACCACAAGCCACAUACCUGCACUCAGCAGUAACGACCAAUGAUUACAUGAUUAUAUUUGGUGGAAGAACAGAUCCUGAAAAUAGAUCCGACUCUCUUAUUGCGUACAUCUACAGCUGUAAUCAAUGGGUUCGACUUGUGAAAGGUGUAAGUAUCGUCGGUCACCCGCCUCCGCCCACAAUAGCCCACGCCAUGGCAAUAGACAUAGACACAGAAAACGAAGGCUACAUCUACAUAAUAGGCGGAUGGACAGGCAGCGCUCAUUGUCAAGUUACCCGCAUAUCGUUGCCUGAAGACCUGUGCUCUUUGUGGAGUUCCAACAAGUUCGAGUGCCGCAGUCAUAUGGGAUGCAGUUUCUGUAGUACAGGGAAUUACACGAAGUGCUUCUCGGUGGACAAGCCGGGCUGCGAGGGCAGCGACAGCGUGGCCGUGAACCCCGGCGCCGCCUGCGACGCGGAGCUGGUGGCCACGCGCGCCUGCGAGAACUUCACCACGUGCACGUCGUGUCUGGCGGCCUGGCCCAUGUACCCCGAGGACAAGCCCGCGUGUCGCUGGUGCGAGUCCUGCGCCGCCGCUGUCGGAGAAUGUGUCCCCACGGACGAGUCGUGUACCAGCAUGAAAUGCAAUGCUGGCACCACUUACAUUAGUGAUGUGGGUAACUGCCCCGAGCUGCGAUGCUCGUCGUCUGACUGUGAAAAAUGUGUCUCCAAGGAAUGCACCUGGACGAGACACGCUGCUAGAGAAGGUCAAUUGACACGAAUAGCAGACGAGUCCAUGGAACUGUUCAACUGGACGUGCGCAUCGAUAGAGGAGCCAGGCCGCACAAGCCUUCGCCCCACCAAGAGCGAGGAGUGCCCGAGCCGGUGCAGCGCGUUCGAGGACUGCCAGUCGUGCCUGAGCACGGAGGGCGGCGAGGGCGGGGCGGCGGAGUGCCGCUGGGCGACGUACCUGGGGCGCUGCAUCUCGCCGGCGUACCAGGCCGUGUACUGCGCGGGCGGCGUGUGCGGGCUGGUCCUGGCGCGGGACGGGCGCGGCGGGCGCGGCGCCUGCCCCGCGCCGUGCGGCGCCGCGCGGCAGUGCGCCGCCUGCCUGCAGCACGCGCACUGCGGCUGGUGCGCGCUGGGCGCGGCCAACGGGCGCGGCGUCUGCACCGACGGCGCCAUCGACGCGCCCACGCACUACUCGGCGCGCACCACCUGCGCCGCCGUCUACUCCGCCGCCACGCAGCACGACCACUCCAACGACACCUUCUCCUGGCACUACACGCGCUGCCCGCCCGAGAACGAGUGCGAGAACAACCACCAUCAGUGUAAAGCCGAGUCUGAGGUAUGUCGAGACCUGCCCGAGGGCUACGAGUGCGCAUGCGGCGCGGGCUACAAGCGCGCGGCGGGCGGGGCGGGCGGUCCGGGCGGGCCGGGCGGCGCGGCCGGCUGCGUCGCCGUCUGCUCACAGGGCUGCGUGCGCGGCCUCUGCGUGCAGCCCGACGUCUGUCGCUGCGAGUUCGGCUACGUCGGCGCAAACUGCACCAUCCAGUGCCAGUGCAACGGACACUCCGACUGCGAGGGACCCGACAAACUCGACAAGUGUGUCGAGUGCCAUAAUAACACCAUGGGCGAUCAGUGUGAAAAAUGUAAGCCAAACUUUGUGGGCGACCCAGUGAACAACGUACAGUGCGUGCCUUGCUCCACGUACUGUCACGGACACACGUCCAUCUGUACGAGUGAGGUGGACGUGACUCCGGUCCGGGAGCUGGGCGGGCCGGCCGACCCGGACGACUACCGGGACGGCACCGCUAAGGCACGGUGUGUGCGCUGUGCUAACAACACGGACGGGCCUCGCUGUGAGCGGUGUAUCGAGGGAUAUUUCAGGGGCUCGGAUGACUUCAGGGAUCCUUGUAGACCGUGCGAGUGCCACGGACAUGGCGACACAUGUGACCCAGUAACCGGUGAGAAAUGUAACUGUGGCAACAACACCGAGAGUGACAUAUCCUGCCAGACGACCAGCUCCAGUAAGAACUCUGCGCAGGAGUGCUGGCGCUACCAGUGCGUCAAGUGCAAAGACCUCUACAUGGGCGACCCCAGGAACGGACACCAGUGCUAUAAGACAAUCAAUAUAGAAAAUAAACUUUGCUUCGACGGAAAAUCAAUUGAUGAGUGUAAAAUUAAGCCGCGCCCUCUGUACCCUGGUCAGACAGUUUUCGUGGCGGUUAAUCCGAGAUACAUGAACGUAGACAUACGAGUGAUAGUAGACGUGACGCAGGGCGCAGUGGACCUCUACCUUAGUCCGAACGACAGUUCGUUUGUAGUGUCAGUGAACUCUAGUAACGGCGACCAUUCUGUGGAGUUGGAUCCCACGUAUCACAAACACGAACCGAGUCGACGGGUGCCGUCAUUCGAUGAUCACGUACCUGAGGAGCCACGCGUUACCUGGUACUACGACAAGGUGGAGUACACACUGGCAGACUACACUGCCAAGGACCUGGCUACCUACGUUACGGUGGACCGCAGGAACAUAUUACUCCGCGUGAGGAACCUCCGCAAUCGCCUCGUGCUGACCCUGCCACAAAACGUGCACGAUCUCACGCACACCAAGUUCUACAUCGUAGUCCGCGCCCGCCACACCGACGAUGGUGCCGCCAGCUUCGGCGUCAUCUUCUUCCGUCAAGACCAGUUGCACAUAGACCUGUUCGUGUUCUUCUCCGUGUUCUUUUCCUGCUUCUUUUUGUUCCUGGCCGCAUGCGUGGUGGCUUGGAAAGCUAAACAAGCUGCCGACGUGCGCAGAGCGCGACGGAGACAUGUUGUUGAGAUGCUACACAUGGCAAAGCGGCCAUUCGCCGCAGUGACCGUGGUGUUAAGCGGCGGCGUGACGUCAGCAGGUCCCCGCCGACGCCGGGCCCCUGACUUGAGACCUGUAGCUAUCGAGCCCACUGGCGAUGGCCGAGCCGCUGUCACCUCUGUUCUUGUCAAACUGCCUGGAGGGUCCCGCGUACCUGUUCGGUUGGCCCUGGCGUCGUCGCUAGUGCUGGUGGCGCGAGCGCCCGCGGCCCGGCAGCGGCGCGCGCCCCCGCUGGCGCGACUGGCCGCGCACACCUAGCCUCCGCCGGCUCUGCUCGCGGCAGCCCUGCCCGGCCCGGCUCCGCAAGCGGCAGGCCCGCCCGCCCCGGACCCACAACCGGCAGACCUGCCUGCACCGCACGCGGCCAUUCUGCCCCUGCCAGCCCUGCACGAGCCUUUAGUGUUUGGUUAAAGAUAUCUAGGGUGAUUAACUCAACACAAGGUAAAAUAAAUUGACUAUACUGUAGCAAGUAAGGUAGAAAAGAAAUGGUACAUAAAUUAAUAAUUAUUAGGUUUAAAUAGCCGCUGUUUGGUCCCGCAUCUUCGUUCAUAUUUUUUGGGUGCGCCGGCGUCGACCUAAGUUCCGCCUUCCACAACCUGCUGGCUCGCUCUUGUAAGAACAAUGAGUGACGUAAUAGGUGGCGUGGUUAUCGCCGUUUGUUCAAACCGCCUCGGCUCUCGUUGUAUAAGUGAAAGCGGAGGCGGUAGCGGAUAAUGAUGCUACCUUAUGUACUACUAAGUAGGUCCCUACAAGCGGCGCCAUCACGCGCCCGCCCUGUAACUGUCUGCGAAGUCCAUGUAAGCACAAAACUACAUGUCGAAUCUCGUUAUAUUUCGACAUAAAAUGUUCGUAUCUCUGGCUCCCCUACCUGUUUGCUCUACCUAUAUGGUCGGUUCUUUUUUUCUUAAAGAUCAACCUGGGUUAUGAUUAGGUGUUCUAAGACAUCGGAGUAUAGAUCGGCCUCACGAUGAUCAUUUUCGAUUUGGUCUUCUAACUUGGAGCUCUCCUUCCUCAUCAUCCCCAUUCAGGUCUCGUACCCCGCU